AUGGCGCAAUUCAUUCCUGCAUCAUUUCCCCAGUUUGGAUUACUCCCUCCAGAGCUGCGAUCUUUGGUCUGGGAAGCUACCUUUCCUGGCCAACGACUUCUUGAGAUUCCUAGGAAAAUAAUCGGCUAUAUGCCACAAUUACGGAUACCGGCUAUCGUUCAUGCUUGUCGGGAGUCACGGUAUGAAUAUCUCACGAAGGAGGGCAAGAACGUCGUCCGAAUCCGUAGAGGCGAAUGGUUCAAUUUGAAAAAUGACACUGUGAGUAUACCAGUUGGAUGGGAUGGCUGGGAGUGGAUCGAUGAAGAAUUGAAGCCCCAUAUCAGGUCUAUUUUCCUCAUAGGCUGUCCGGGCCCUAUGACGUUUAGUGGAUAUAGUGGUUUAGGUGCGUGUUUACUGGGUUUAUUCAGACUGACAGUACGUGGCGAAACUGCACUCAAUACCAUUAACAUCGUCCCUUGUGGCGAUGACUCCUCUCAUCGACACUGUCACUCAAUCCACAUCAACGACAGGGCGGCAAAUCUAUUUGGCAACAACACCCUACUCUCUGCCAACAUUCAAAAUAAAAGUGAAUGCGAUAGCAUGAUAGCCAGUUUCAGCGCCUUUCAGGGGGCUAACCAAUAUGCUAUGAACCUUCUUAAGGCCUAUAAAAUAGGUAUAGAACGCGAGCUUCAGGAUUGGACGGUACAUGGCGCAAAACGUCUAUGGAUUGGUGAAUGGCACCGGUGGCAUCGAUUGCCUAUACCACCAUACUACCAGAGGGGCCGAUCGGAAGAGGACACAAUAGCCCUGUUCGAAAACGACCCUGCAUACCGGGAUAUGUUUGAUAAGAUGCCCAAGAUCAACAUUGUGCUUCUUGUCAAACUGGAACAGUAUAACUAG